AUGGUGGUGAGUAGACGCGGAGAAAGUAAGCACAUGCUCUUUCUGAACAGUGUUAAUUCAAAAAAAAAAUUAAAUAUAACAGAAAAAAAAAAUAUUUUGGAAAAAGUGCACAUACUACCUAUAAGAAAAUGUGUUUCAAAUUUCGAUGAGUUGUACAACAAGUUGAAUUUAUUAAUUAGUGACAGACAUGUUUUGUAUGAAGGAUUUAUUAUUAGCAUAAAAAAGGAAGAACAUAUCUAUAAUUUGGACAAGACUAAUCAAAAUGAAAAAGAAUUAGGGUAUAUAAAUACAGUACAUGAAGAAGAAUUAAAUAAAGAAAGCGAAGCAAAAGGUACCAUAAUGGAAACAAAUAACCAAGGCAUCUUUGUAAAUAUAGAAAAGAGGAAGAGUAAUAAUAUGCAAAUGAUAGUUCAAGAAGAAAAGGAAAAAACGAAAAUAUUAAAUGAUAGUCAAAUUUGCCUGUAUAAUCAUAAAAAAAAAAAAGAAUAUUCCAAUUCAAAUAAUGAUGUUGAAUAUGUCGUUGUCAACUGUGUACCAUCGAAAGGAAUACUAAGUCAUGAUACUUUAAUUUAUACUGAUGGAAAAUAUGCAGAUAAUUUAUCGAAAAUUCAAAUAUUAAUAAUUAAAGACAGAAACUAUAAAAAAUAUGAAAAAAAAGUAAAAAAAAGAUUUUUUUCUUUAAAAAAAUAUUUAUUUAAAAAGAGCAACUAUAUUUUUAAUGAAGCCAUAUCCUUAAUACCAUUUUAUUUUGAUUGUUUUUCUAAAAAAUAUAAAACGAAUAAACAGCAUGAAAAUAAUAUGUCAAUACAAAAUAAAGAUGAAAACGUAUUACAAGAAAAAAAAAAAAACCUCGUCUUAGAACAAAUUUUUUUAACUUAUCUAUAUCCAUACUUCAAGAAGAACAAGAACAAAUUAUUUUAUUGCGGAAAGUUAUUCAUCAUAAACAAUUUUUCUUUUCUUGUUGUAAAAGUUGACUCAGACGUGAAAGUUGGAUUCAUCGACGAUAGAACGGAAAUCGUCCUGAAUGCAGAUUCCUACGACCACUAUAACAACGUGCACAUAGUGCCGCUGUACGACACACUGCCAACUACAUAUAAUUACGAUUUGUUUAUGGAUUACAUUAAACCAUAUAUAGAAAGGAAUUAUUUAAGUGUGUUUUCUAUUUAUGAAACGUUCUUUUAUAAAGGAGUGCAAUUUAAAAUAAUGGGAGUUGCCCCUGUGGAUGUGAAAUAUGGAAAAGGUAGAAUUAGUUGUAAUACAUUCAUCUAUAUAGAUGGGUCUAUUAAACCAACCUUUUUUGAUGUUAUAUCAAAGGAGUCAGUAACUUAUAUUAAGUGCUUGCCAUUUGAAUAUAAACCUUAUGCAAUACUAAACAUUUUACAACAUCUAGAUACGGACUCUUUGCUAAGGCUCUUUCCAUCAGCGAAUAAUAGUUUACAGGACGACAACAAUAACAAUGAUAGUAAUAGUAGUAACGAGGAUUGUAAUGGCGAGUGUAAUGGCGAUUGUAAUAGAAACAAUAACAGAAACAGUAACUGUAAUAUUAAUUGUAAUAUUAACUGUAAUAAUAAUUGGAAUAAUAAUUGGAAUAAUAAUAAACGCGAAAAAAAUGUGUUAAAAAAUUUGACGAAACAUAAAUAUAUAUUCAAUAGAUUAGGCAAAAAUAACAAUGACAAUAAAAGCGAGGCGGGAAAUGUGGAUAGUAUGGAUAAAGGCGAUGCCAAAGAUGGUAAUAUCAUUGACGGCAGUAGCGGUAAUGGCAGUACCAACUGCAACAUUAAGAUUUCUAAAAAGAAGGGGGCGUGUGCACUAAGAAGCAAUUUAAUAAACGAACAAUGCGCCGUAUGUUUUGAAUAUUUUCAGGAUUACGAUAAAUGCAUUAAAUUAACUUGUCUACACACAUAUCAUUGGAAAUGCGUAAAAAGUUGGUUUAAAUUUAAUUUAACAUGCCCUUGCUGUCGACACACCAUAGACAUAUAG